CCAGACUACCAGCCCUGUUAGCGAUUUAGGGAUCGUGGUGGAUCCUGAGGUCUCAGGAGGCGCAGACCCCGCCACCGUUUCAGCGCGCAUCCACGAUUCUGCUCCUCCUGAAGCAACAACGCCUAUAUGCGAAACACCAAUCUCCCCAUCCUCUUCGCUCCACGGUUUCAAUUUCGGUUUCGAUAUGCCGCGUCCUGCAGAAGCGUCAGACAGUCGCAAUGCCCUCUCCGACUUCAAUUUCGAUCUCGAUCUCAGUUCCACGACAGCGCGUACUUCCGAAGCGUUACAGAGCCCAGUCCUCGCCCAGUCGCCCUCCACAGCCAAAGUCAAAAAGGCGCCGUUCGACUUGAAAGCGCUGAAAGGAGUUCCCGCGCCCAAGCGCUGGAGCCGAAGAGACAUCCUAUCACGUCUCAAACCUACACACCGUAUCAUAAGGCCCGGUCCGAGGCAGACUAUGAGUAGAGAGAAUUUACAGCACUGGUGGGCGCAGAGGGCUGCGAGGAGGAAAGAGAGGCGAGCUCGACCGCCAGAACUCGGGGAAUCUGAUUUGACGAGCAUGAACUUCACCGAGACUUCCAUGUCGAGCGUGACAGAUUCCGAGGGUUCUGGGAAAGAGUUCAGCGUGGGAUCACGCCAUGAGAGCGAGAAUGGGAGUCAGAGUCCCGCCGAAUCUAGCUCAGGGAGGAGCGGUAGGCGAGAUGGAUUCUAUAAUCUCGAGCGUCCUCGUCCUGUCGACUUGUUGACCGUUGAGAAGAUACAACCCCGUCAACCAAAGAGUCGAGGCCGAUUCCCAAAGUUCUCUCGAUCUCGACCUCGACCAGAACACCGGAGGGGUCUCUUUGGAAAGCUCCGACGGAGGAAGGAGUCCGGACGGAUUAUAGACUAGACUAGCGUUAUCGGUCUGUAACGUUGAAGCGAGGCUUGCUGGUCAUCUUCAGGUGCGAUCGCAAUUCUUUGUCGAAAGAGUAUGGAUCGACGAGCUCUGGGUCUAUGCGAGACAGAAACCGUCAUAGAAUAGGUCGAUCGCCACUUCAUCUGACGACAGACGA